CGCUAUCAUGUGAAGUUCUUCCAUCCCAGCUGUUCCGUAGCUUAGCUUUAUUCCUUCAACUUUCAAGCAAAACAUCUAUCUCCACUACACAUAAAUACUUUAAUAUCCCAGAUACUGCACCAUCUCCUCACUCCCACGACUACAACCACACAACAUUCAAAAACCCACCCUCCACCCCUCCACACCAACCUCCCAAAAAAAAACCAAGACCAAAAACAAAACAAUGCCAACCUACACCCCCCAACCCCUCUACGGCGGCGCCAUCCAAGGCAUCAUCCCCCAAGGCUGGAUCGACGCCAGUACCCUCCGCGAAAUCCCCGACCACCAAGAACUCUACCUCUCGCCCACCACCCUCUCCUCCCUCAUCAUCGAACUCAACCAACCCGUCCCCAACCCCGUCGCCCAAGCCACCCUGCGCGCCCACCCGGCCCUCCUCUCCGCCCUCUCGGAAACCAGUCCGCAAGACCAAGAAUCCCUCAACCGCGCUGCCGCCCUCCACCACCUCCUCGACAUCUGCGAUCCCGCGGAUACGCUGGCGAUCGUACAGCCGCCGACCAGGGUGGCGCUUGAGAAGUUUCAGGGGAAUGUGGCGGGGUAUGUUGGGCGGGUUAAAUUUACGUCCCCGGUGGGUGGGGGGAGGAGGGUGGGGUUGCAGCAGCAGCAGAGGGCUGUGGGAGCGGGGGCUGGGGCUGGGUCGAGUGGGGAACAGGCGGGGACAACGACAACGCAGUGCUGGUUUCUGUUGGUGAGGCUGGUGGAGCAGGAGACUGAUCUGUUGGUCUUGGUCAAUGUUCCUGAGAAGGAAUUCGUGGAGAGGGGGGAUGCGGAGGGGUUGAGGAGGGAGGUCGAGGUGGGUGAGGGGGUGGUGGCGGAGUUGGUUAGGGGUCUGGAGGUUGUGGAGUGGGGGCUUUUUGCUUGAUUCCAUCUAGCUUAUCAACUUGUCUCGAUAUGGGAGGUGGAGGGGGGUUCAUUUGGGAUGGGGAUGGGGAUUGGAUAUUAUAGGGAUUUGGAUUUUGGAUGGGAUACAUCGAAUGCUUGGAUGGGGGGUAGGAUUAAGGAUAAGGAAAGGAAGCAUCAUGCAUAUAUAGAUAGUUAUUGGCGCAAUUGUCGCUUGUAUAGAUAGAUACCUAGGUUAGUUAUGAAUCGAAUCAAUUAGAGACUUUUAUAUUGGGAUUUAGAGAGAAGAG